UCUACUUUUUGCUUUGGUUUGUCAUCCUCAUCCAUGGCGCAGCAGCAGAAGCACAAGGCCAUCCAAGUGGAAUGUUUCAGCUCUGACGAUCCCGCGGCGGGAUGCAAGGUGGCGGUGGUGAGCACGCCCAAGCCAGGCGCCGGCCAAGUGCUGCUCAAAAUCCUGUGUCGCCCAAUCAAUCCCUCGGACAUCCUGUGCAUCCAAGGCAUGUACCCUGACGGCCCCAAGAAGUUCCCAUUCGUUCCUGGGCUCGAGGGAAUGGGAGUAAUUGAAGAGCUCGGGGAUGGAGUCACCGGGUUCUCGCCGGGGCAGAGAGUGUUUCAUAUUUUCAAGGAGGCGGGAUCUUGGCAAGAGUACGCUGUUGCUUCGGCCAGCGAGAUAAUUCCCAUUCCCGACACCAUCUCUAACGAGGUUGCCGCGCAGUUUUUUAUCAAUCCUUGGACAGUGUAUGGAAUGCUGGAAACUCUCGACGUUCCAAAGGGAGAGUAUGUGCUCCAAACAGCUGCUGGAUCCGUGCUGGGGAGGAUGUUCAUCCAGCUCGCGCGGCAUCGAGGAGUGAAGACCAUCAAUCUUGUUCGUCGAGACGAGCAGAAGGAAGAGCUCAAGGCCAUUGGAGGCGACGAAGUCAUAAACUUCAAGACCGAGGAUGUUGUGGAGGAAGUGAAGAAGAUCACGGGCGGUAAAUUGGUAUACGGGGCAAUCGAUGCUGUUGGAGGCGCACUGACCAAAGUGGUGUGUUCCAGCGUGAGAAACCAAGGAACGAUCCUUUGCUACGGUGUUCUUGACGAGAAACCAGAAGCUCAAGUGGACCUUAUCGACCUCCUCUUUCGGCAAGUUAAGGUGCAUGGAUUUCACGUCGUCAAAUGGGUGGAAUCGUUAGGCGGCGCCGACGAGUUUCGCCAAAUUGCUGCCACAAUCUUUGAGUUGAUCGCGAAGGGAGUCAUGGCUCCUCUUGUUGGGGAGAAGUUCCCACUCGACAGCACCCCGGAAGCAAUACGUAAAAGCCUGUCGAUAGGCCGAGGUGGGAAAGUUUUGCUGGUGAGUGUCAAAUAGUAGAACUACUGGUUGUGUGAUUAGAAUAUUCUAUCAUAAAGGGGAAUAUGAUGUUUGGUUAACAAAUCAAGAAUCUGUAAUUUUUGGUUUAAUUAUAAAUAUGUUUAUAAAUUAUAAAUACAAGAUUAA